AAUCAGUCGGAAGCGUUGUUCUUUUCGAGUCAAAACAUUGAAGUGUGUAAAUAGUUGUGUACAUCGUUCCCAAUACGAAUUUCUUCCUAAUAUUUUUAUUAAUUUAGUAAAUAUUUAUUGCUUAACCUAUCGGCAUACUAUUUUAUUUUCACAUCUUGUGGUUCUGGGAAUUUGUUUGACUGAAUAUGCCAUAAAUUAAGAUACGCGACAUCAGACACUUCGGUAUAACUGAUGAAAGUUAAUUGCUUUUAAAAGAAAAAAGAUUUAGAAUGGGUGACCGUCACAGGAAGAAAGAUUUAGGACCCCCUCCAAGAUGGUUGCAUUGCCCAAGAAAAGGAAAUCUUAUAGCAGAUAAGUUCAUAGCAUUUAAGACGCCUUUAGAUGAAUCGUAUGAUUCCCAAAUUCCUCCUGAGUGUGUCUUCUACCCUUCAACACUUAUUGCUUCUGUAUCUAGUCAUAAAGUAAAACUGGGCUUAUGGAUUGACUUGACAAAUACUACUAGAUUUUAUGACAAAAAUGAAGUGGAAGGUCAUGAUAUAAAAUAUGUAAAACUUCAAUGCCGUGGGCAUGGGGAAUGUCCAUCAGUAGAACAGACUAAAACAUUCAUUCAAAUAUGUCAGAGGUUCAUUGCAAAUAAUCCCUUAGACAUUAUAGGUGUCCAUUGCACUCAUGGUUUUAAUCGCAGCGGAUUCCUUAUUAUAUCGUACUUAAUUGAAAAUCUAUCAUGGGGUAUUGAUGCUGCAGUUAUUGCUUUCAGUCAAGCUCGCACUCCAGGCAUUUACAAAGCUGACUAUUUAAAGGAAUUGUACAGAAGAUAUGAUGAUGUAAGUUCUGUGAUAAGUGCCCCUCCUCUUCCAGAAUGGUGCAAUGAGGAAGAUAAUAUCGAAGAUGAUGGCAGCCUUGUCACUGAAGAUGAUAACAAUGAUACGAGGCCUGCUAAAAGGAGAAAAGAGUUUCAUCGAAAGAAUCCUGUAUUCAUGGAAGGUGUGCCUGGUGUCUCCCCUGUCACUGAUUCCUAUGAAAUAAGUGUCAUUCAAGCCAAAUGCCAAGAUAUGUGCGGAUGGCAAAAAUCUGGAUUUCCUGGAUUGCAGCCUGUAUCAAUGGAUGUUAAUAAUAUAAAGUUUCUUACACUGAAGCCAUACAAAGUUAGCUGGAAAGCAGAUGGCAAUAGAUACAUGAUGCUCAUUGAUGGAGAAAAUAAAGUCUAUUUUAUUGAUAGAGAUAAUUCAGUUUUUAAAGUGGAUGGUCUUUGGUUUCCUAAGCGUAAAGAACCACACAAGCAUUUAGAGAAUACACUUGUAGAUGGAGAAAUGAUAAUUGACAAAGUGAAUGGAGUAGAUGUUCCAAGAUACUUAGCCUAUGAUAUUGUAAAGUUUGAGAAUGUAGAUGUUGGUAAGACUGAUUUUGAUCGCAGACUACUUUGUAUCAACAAAGAAAUUGUGAGCACUCGAACUGCUGCAUUUCAAGAAGGCAGACUGGAUCGCACGAAAGAGCCUUUUAGCGUUAGAGCAAAACAGUUUUGGGAUGUCACUAUGGCAAGACAGCUUUUAGGAGAAAAGUUUAGCAGAGAAAUGUCGCAUGAAGUCGAUGGGCUUAUAUUUCAACCACUUCUAGACCCUUAUACUUGUGGUCGAUGUCCUGACGUUUUAAAAUGGAAACCAUCCAACCUAAACAGUGUAGAUUUCAAACUAAUAAUUCAAACUCGUACUGGCUUAGGACUUCUGCCUACAAAAGUUGGUUACUUAUAUGUAGGAGGUAAAAAUGAACCAUUUGCUGAAAUUAAGGUUACAAAGGCACUGAAAAACAUGGACAAAAAAAUUAUUGAAUGUAAAUAUGAAAACAAUCAGUGGGUGUUUAUGAGAGAAAGAACUGAUAAGUCUUUUCCUAAUGGCUUCAAUACAGCAAUAGGUGUUUGUGAAAGCAUAAGAAAUCCUGUAACAAAAGAAAUGCUAUUUGAAACUAUUGAUGUGUAUCGCUGGAGGCCUCCUCCUACUAAAUAAUUCAGCUGAUAAUGUGUAUAUAUAGCAUGCUUUAUAAAUAAAAGAGGUAAAUGCUUCCAUGAAAAAGGAUAUUCAACCUAUAUUCUAAAUAUUAAAUUGUUUUUUUUUUUAAAAUUAUAAUUCAUAAACACUUAUAAUUUUUAUAAAAUAUAAUAUCACUGAUUUUGAGGCUUUCUUUGAAACGUAGAAUUAUUAGAAAAAUGUGUUAAACGAUCAUAUAAUUGAUUUAUUUAUAUGUAUAUAAAAUUAUCAUUUUUUUCUAUACUUUUGAAAAUUAUCCAAACUCAGUGAAUUAUUUUUACUUUAUCUAUGACUCAUUUUUGUCUUAUUAACAUCAAGUAAAAAUUUGAGAAUUACAUUGCUUUUAGUGAGUGCAGUUUCACGGGGCAUAAUUUUUCAUAGUGCCCUCGAGGCUUAAUGUCCCUUAUUAUAUAUGCAGAGCGUAGAGAUUUAAGUUAUAUUGCAGAGUAAAGAUACUUGGAAAUCUGACAUUGAGACAUGGUUAGAGAGGUGCUAAAAAUAUACACAUCAUGCAAUAACUCAGUUCAUAUCUUUUUAAAAAAAUGAAAACUGAAAAUUUGAUUGAGUGAUAAAAACAUGCUCAUUUUCAAAAUUUUUCUUAUUGCAGAAUUUAAAUUUUGAUUUUACUGUAACAUAUAAAUACUGAUGUAAAAAUUUUAUUCUUCGAUUGAGACAGUAUUACAAUUUAACAAACUACAUACUAAUUAAGUUUUCCUGUGCAUUUGAUUUAAAGGUUCACUUUUGAUAUGCUAAAUGUAGCAUUUUAAAUUGGAAAACAAAAAUUUGUAUUUUCAUGUUUAUGAAUGUUGGAAUUUAACAACAAAAAAAUUUUUUUUGAAAAUAAGUUAUUACCUCUAAUAAUUUUACUAUACAAUAUUUUUUUGCUAAUGGCAUUAGCAAAACAUUUGUAACGACCUCCCGGAAACCUGAAAAUUACAAUGACUUGAAAAAUUAAGGAAAUGAAAUUGAAUAAAGCAGGUGUUUGUAAUCCAGUUUUAAAGUUCACUAACAGGGCGAUGUUAAUAAGAAAACUAUGAAAUAUUUUUUUCAAAAUAAUAACUUUUUACAUCAACAACAUUGCACCAUUAGAAGACACGAAUUAACAGCAGUGUUUACAACUAUUUAAGUUAUAUGGUCUGACUGCAGCAAAAAUGCUUUUUAAUUUUUGCAGUUCCAUUUGUUUACGAAUUUGCAAGUAAUUUCUGAUCUUGAUGAGAAUAAAUAAUCUUAUUUCUUAAACAGAAUGCAGCAAAUUGUUCAUUUCUGUACCUUCCAUUUUUCUUUAAUAGAUUUUUCAAUCUGUGUAUAAUUUUUCGGCAGAAACCUGUUGCUACCUACUUUGUUUUAAAUAUGUAACGAAUUCAUUGUGUACUGAAGUUACGUUGGCUUUGAAAUUGAUGUGUUGCUCACCAUUUAUAUGCAAAAAAAGCUGCAAGGUUUUUAUUAUUCUAUAAACAGAGGGAUCUCACUAUUUAAUAAUUAGGCCCUGAAAAACAUGUCACAGGAAAAUCUGAAUUUAUAAAAACAUAGCUAAAAAAUUGUGUGGUUUGAACUUAAAUGUUUUUUUAAAAAAUUUAUAUCCUUUCUCACUUGUGUGUCAUGUUUUCUAGAGGAAUGUUUUUUUUUUUUUCCCCUUUGUGGAAAGCACAUAUGCUAAACAAUUUAUGACUCCUCAUUUAGGAAAGUUUUGUAAGGGUAGUUAUUGUUAUCCUUCUGAUUAUUAUAGAUUUUCAUAACGAGUAUAUUCAGAUGGCACAAAGUAUAAUUGGGUUAUAAACAUUGUUAAAAUAUUUUUCUGUGUUAUUUAUUUUACCAUUGUUAGCAUUUUGAUUCGUUGAAUAAUAGAAAUGAGCGUAUAAAAUGUUAUUCCAUUGAUUUGAUGUUAUUGUACAUAAAUGAAGUAUGGUUGUAAAGUAUUCUACACUCUCAUUUAAUUUUUCAUUUUGUCAUGUUUUAAAAAUGUAUUUUAAAUAAAAAGCUGUUUUUUAGA